UCUCUCCUGUGUCAGCACACGAAGGGCCUCUGCACUCUAUCAGCUCUAUUUCUAUCUGCAACGUCACUGACGUUGAAACGUCAUCACGCAAGGGGUGGCGACGUGUAAAACAUGGAGGAAAAGAGUGUGUAGAGUAAACUUACUAGCCUCAAAUUUUACGUAAUUUCACGUAUUUGACUUCGUUUAUUACUGCCCAUAAAGACAUUUGGAACUUCAAGAAUUAAUGUAAAGAUAGUGUCAUCCGUUUACAACCCUGAGAGCCGAAGAGUUGAGGAAACUACAAAAAGCUUUUAUGACAGGGUUUGGUAUGUGCCUGGUGACUACACAGUGAAGGGUGGUGAGUCUGGCUAAGGGGAGCCAGUAGCGAUGGGAGCCAACACCAGCCAGGUCAGUGACCUGUCUGAUAACGAAAACCUCCAGAGGCUGGUGGGCACAGAGUCCAUUUCAGAGAAUGAUCCAUUCUGGAACCAGCUCAUCUCCUUCACCUUCAUCAGUCCCACGAGCAGUGGAGACUCCAAGUUGCUUGAAGAGGCAGUCAUUCCUUUGGCCAAAAUUCUCAUUGAAAACAAUCCCAGGACUGGGAACUUUGGCGCUCUGGUGAGAGUUUUCCUGGGAAGAACCAAAGAACUUAAAAUCUCUACAGAAUGCCAAGAUCAGCUGUUCAUCUGGCAAGCCCACAAUGCACUGUUCAUGAUUCGCUGCCUGCUUAAGGUGUUCAUCUGGCAGAUGGGUGAGGAGGAGCUGCACCAGCAGUUUACCUACCAGGAGAGGGCACCAGGCUCCUGUGGAGGUAAAGAAGACCUUCUGGAGGAGCUGUUGUCCAACCUCGUCCACCUGAUCGUUGAAGUCCCCCUGCUAGACAUCACCUACAGCAUCCUCUUUGAAGCGGUGACCACCCUCCUGGUUUUCUUCUCCUACCAACUCUUCCAGAAAGAAAUCCUCCGAGAUGGCAAAAUCUACCAGCACAUCAUGAAGGGCAGAUGUUUGUCUUUAACCAGUCGACUGGUGAAGACUCUGCUCUAUAACUUCAUCAGACAGGAGAAGUGUCCUCCUCCAGCCACACACAUCUUUGAACCCAAAGCUGAAAGCGGCCUCCUUUACGGUCUGGCGUCUGGGGUGGCAAGCGGUCUGUGGAGUGUCUUCACGUUGGGUGGAGCUGGCAGUAAAGCAGGACUGGACCAGGAACACGACCCCUUACCGUUGUCUAACCAGAGCCUUUUGUUACUGCUGGUCUUGGCUAAUCUGACAGAUGGACCCGACUGGCCCAACCCUUACCGCCAGGCCAUCACGUGUUUCAGAAACACACAGGACACGUCGUCGUUGUCCAUGGAGCAGCCGCACGCCUUUCAGAUCAACUUCAACAGUUUGUACACGGCGCUGUGCGAGCAGCAGCGCUCCGAUCAGGCCACCUUACUGCUCUACACCCUGCUGCACCAGAACGCUAACAUGAGGACGUAUAUGCUGUCCAGAACUGACAUGGAUAAUCUGGUGUUACCUAUCCUGGAGAUCCUGUACCACGUAGAGGAGAGAAAUUCUCACCAUGUCUACAUGGCCCUCAUUAUUCUCCUCAUCCUCACUGAGGAUGAUGCCUUUAAUCGCUCCAUCCACGAGGUGGUGUUGAAGAACGUCUCAUGGUACACGGAGAGAUCGCUGACAGACAUCUCUCUGGGCAGUUUGCUCAUCCUGGUGGUAAUUCGCACCAUCCAGUUCAACAUGACGAGGACCAGGGAUAAAUACCUCCACACCAACUGUCUGGCUGCACUGGCCAACAUGUCGGCCCAGUUCCGAUGUCUGCACCAGUACGCUGCCCAGCGCAUCAUCAGUUUAUUUGCUUUGCUUUCCAAAAAGCACAACAAGGUUCUGGAGCAGGCAACACAAAGUCUCCGAGGCAGACAGGGAGACAACACAGCCCUGCCUGACUAUGCCCAGGACCUGAAUGUGAUCGAGGAGGUGAUCCGCAUGAUGUUGGAAAUCAUCAACUCCUGUCUGUGCAACUCAUUACACCACAACCCCAACCUGGUCUACGCACUGCUCUACAAGAGGGAGCUUUUCGAGCAGUUCAGGAUGCACCCGUCCUUUCAAGACAUCAUGCAGAACCUGGACACGGUGAUCGGCUUCUUCAGUCAGCGUCUGGAGCAGGCUGGAAGUGACCUGUCGGUUGAGAGGGUUCAAGAGGUCAUCAUGAAAGGAGCUCAGGCCCUGCCCACAGACAGACUGAAGAAAUUUCCUGAGCUGAAGUUCAAGUACGUGGAGGAAGAUCAGCCGGAAGACUUCUUCAUCCCUUACGUCUGGUCCCUGGUCUUCAACUCUGGUGUGGGUCUCCACUGGAGCCCACAAGGCAUCGAGCUGUUCAGCAUGGACUCCGGCUGAAACACCUGCUGCAGCCGACGGCAUAUCUCCUUCCACUUCACAUACACUGGUUAACAUUUCACACAGCAGCUCCGUCUCCCGUGCAGCCAUGUUCCUGUCGUAAACACCUGUUUAACACCGGCCUUCGCGUCACACGCUGGUUUCGCCUCUUCUGUAAAAACCGUCCGUUUUUAUCAGGAGCUCAGGAUGGCUGCGAUGGAUAAUCCUGCUUUUUUAUUUUCUUUCUGGCUCAUUAAAAAAAGGUCAAUUGUUAGAAAUGCCCCCAGGAAACAGUGAUCACAUGGGUCUUUUACUGCUGCACUGAAUGACUGCAGUAUUUCAUGAAAAUAAAGCCGCACCAUAUAAGGCCCCCCACCCCUCCCCCCAACCCGUAGUUAGGUUCAAUGGAUGUUUGAAAAUGCAUCACAUUAGACUGCACUGAACAGUCGGAAUAAGUGCGUGUGUGCAUUUU